UCCCCUGAAUCAAAUGGAUCUGCAAACUCUGCAACUGCAAUGGGUUAGAUCACUGCUAGGAAUCAUUUUGCAUCCUUGGUUAUUCUUUCUUCUUCUCUUCUUCCCUCUUUUCUUUAUUUUUAAGUUUAGUAGAGUUUCUGCAAAGAAAACAAAUCUGCCACCAUCUCCACCCAAGCUUCCAUUUCUUGGAAACUUUCACCAGUUAGGGUCACUCCCCCAUCACUCUUUUAGAUCUUUCUCUGAAAAAUAUGGACCCCUCAUGCUCUUUCAACUGGGCCAUGUCCCAACUCUUGUUGUUUCCUCCUCUGAGAUAGCUAAAGAGGUCACAGCAACCCAAGAUGUGGUGUUUGCAAAUAGGCCUUUUCUACCUCUCUUUAAGGAGAUUUACUUUGGAGGCACUGACUUGGCCUUUUCACCCUUUGGUGACUACUGGAAGCAGAUGAGAAAAAUUUGUGUUCAUGAUCUUUUAAGUCUCACAAGGGUUCAAUCAUACAAGUACAUAAGAGAAGAAGUGGUCUCCAUUAUGUUGAAGAAAAUAUUUUGUGCAUGUGAAGAGGGAACUACUAUUAAUAUAACAGAUCUACUACUUGCUGUGUCCAACAACUUGAUUUGCAGGGUUACUUUGGGUAGGAAUUUCCAAGGAGGAGAAAAUGAGAAGAACAACAAGCUUUGGCGUUUGACAAGGGAGGUUUCUGCCUUAUUUGGUGAGUUUAGUGUGAAAGAUUUCUUUCCAUUAUUGGGAUGGAUGGAUACAUUGAAUGGGUUCAAUGGGCGGUUGAAGAGGAUUUCCAAAGAGAUGGGUGUGUUUCUUGAUCAAGUUGUUGAAGACCAUCUCACUAAGACAAGUGAUAGUAGUCUUGAUACUCAAAAAGAUUUCGUGGAUCUCUUGCUCCGUGCCCAGAAGGACCCAACGCUUAGCAUUCCCCUCACUCGAGCUGAUAUUAAAGCAAUUAUUGUGGACAUGAUAGUUGGUGGAACUGAUACAACUGCUUCCACAAUGGAAUGGGCAAUGGCAGAGCUAGUGAGGAACCCUAAUGUGAUGGAAAAAGCUCAGAAAGAGGUAAGAACAGCUGUGGGGAAGAAAUCCAAGGUUGCUGAAGAUGAUAUCUCUCAGCUAGACUACUUAAACUUUAUUGUUAAAGAGACUCUGAGAUUACACCCAGCUGCCCCCCUAUUGGUUCCUAGGGAAUCUAGUAAAGCUACCUACAUCAAAGGUUACUAUAUACCUCCUAAAACAAGAGUUUUUAUCAAUGCAUGGGCAAUUCAAAGGGACCCCAAACAAUGGGAUGAUCCAGAGAAGUUUAUUCCAGAGAGAUUUAUUAACAGCCCAGUUGAUUUUCAAGGCCAACACUUUCAAUUCCUUCCUUUUGGUGCUGGGCGAAGGGGUUGCCCAGGGAUGCCUUUUGCAGUGGCAUCUUUUAAGUUUGUUCUUGCAAACCUCCUUUACUGGUUUGAUUGGAAGUUACCUGGGAAUGCAAAAGUGGAGGAAAUGGACAUGGUUGAAGCUAAUGGGACAGCAUUAUACAAGAAAACUCCUAUUGAUCUUCUCCCAAAAUCUUAUUUCUGAAGAUCAGACGAUCCUUGCUUUUGUUCCCAUUUUAUGGAUAUUGUUGUAUAGGAAAUAAAGUUAUGUACUCCAAAUAAUG